UUACUUAAUCUCCACAAAGCAGAAGUCAAAGAUCACCAUAAAUUCAUGAACAAAAACUGUACCACAAUCAAAUAUUGUGAGAACGAGGAGAUAUAUGAAAUACAGUUCUACUAUGCUUUUAAGAUGAAUAUACUCUCCACUUAUGUCCUCAUUAAAGAAUGUCUUUUAUGUCCAAGCUGGGCUUGGAGUCCUAGCCAAUAUGUUUCUCCUUUUUUUCUAUGCUUCCAUAAUAAUAAGUGACAGACCUAAACCCAUGGACCUGAUCUCCUGUCAACUGACCUUCAUUCACAUAAUGAUGAUUAUCACUGAAGGAGAUAAUUUGCUUGCAAACAUAUUAGAGUCACUAAAAUUUGGGAAUGACAUAAAAUGCAAGACAACUUUUUACAUAAACAGAGUGAUGAGAGGCCUCUCUAUCUGCAUCACCUGCCUCCUGAGUGUGGUCCAGGCUGUCACCAUCAGUCCCAGUACCUCCUUCUUGGCAAAAUUUAAGAAUAAAGUAAAAACACACAUCAACUAUGUUUUUUUCUGUCUUUGGUCUUUCAAUUUGUUAUUCGGUAGUAGGUUGAUCUUUUACGUUUCUGGUUUUACCAACGUGAGUGAAACCCACCAGAUGAAGGUCACUAAAUCGUGCUCACUUGUCCCAAUGAACUACAUCAUCAGAGGAUUCAUUUUAACAGUGGCAGUCUCCAGAGAUGUGUUUCUUGUAGGAGUCAUGAUGACCACAGGCACAUACAUGGUGAUUAUCUUGUUCAGACAUCAGAGGCAAUGCAAGCAUCUUCAUAGCAUCAGCCACCUGAGAGCAUCCCCUGAGAAAAAGGCCACUCAGACCAUCUUGCUGUUGGUAGUUUUCUUUGUGGUCAUGUACUGGUUAGACUUCAUCAUCUCAGUCACCUCAACCUUGUCAUGGAUUUAUGACACAGUCGUCCUGAUUGUUCAGAAAUUGGUGAUGUAUGCGUAUCCCACAAUAACUCCUUUAUUACAAAUCACUUCUGAUAAGAGAAUAAUCAGUACACUGAAAAAAUUGCACUCCAAGUUCUACUAGAUUUUCUAAUAAUGAUUUUUCUCUUCCUUUAAAAUUUAUUCACUUACUUUUAUUUAUAUGUACAAGUGUCAUACCUUUUCUAAACUACAUAUCCUUCUCAAUCUUCAAUUGUUCAUGUAGCACAGUGACAUUCUUCAUAUGAUUCAAGUAGUUUGUGGUAUUACAUACAUAUAUUCUUUGACAUUACAGAUGCCAAAUACUACAAACUUCUUAAGUUCAUUGUACAGAAUAAUUGCUCUUUCUACAUGAAUUCUCUUCCUUAUUCUUUUUGCUUAUCUUACAAUUGUCCGUGAUGCUGAGGUUAUUCAAAAGGAGUUCCUCACUGAUAAUUGCUUUGUAAGCCUUUUCUUGAAACAAUUUUAAUCUAUAUUUAUUCAUAAAGUUUAGUCAAAAUUAUAGUUUUAAUAAUGUUUAUUAAUUCUUUUCUGGAUAAUGAAGUUAAUGUAAAUUUAUGUUUUCCAUUUUUUAACUACAGUUAAUCAAUUAGUCAUAUAUGAAACUUUCUUAAGUGUUUUUAUUUAUACUUCAUUUCAUUCACAUUUAUUGAAAUAUUAUUGGUAAAUAAAAUUAUUUAUAUACA